AUGUCUGAGAAAGGACCGCCCGAAAAUGCGCAUGAUCAAUCGCUAUUAGACGAUGCAUCGACAUUGCUAAUGUUUUCAAAACGAACAAACUCUGUUGGUAGUACAAGUGAUGAAAGUAAAGAUGAUGUUAAAUCGGAAAUUAGAACCCAUAGAAUGACUCCUACUUCAUCACUUAAUCAAAGAGAUAAUGGCAUGAAUCUUCACGUCAAUACCUUGGCAUCUCCAGGACCAGCUUCAGUUGCACUGGUGAAUGACGAGGAUGAAGAAGAAACUUUACGGAGUAACAACGGUAAAGACCGCAGGGACUCAGGCGACAAAUCCAAGAAGAAUGGAAGUAAGAAAGGAAUGGUGGCGGCAGCUGCUUUGGCUCAGGCAGCCACAGUACCUCUACCGUUGAAAAGGAAAGCAGAGAGUAAUGAUUCUACUCUGAAACCAGAUUCGAAAGGUAAAAUAAACGAGCAUGAAAUAUCGGCUUUAACUUCAGGAACGGAAAAGGCAAAAACCGAGAAACCAGAAACGAAAACAAUUGUGGAAGCAGAGAAAGACAAAUCGGAAUCGGAUCGAUUUGCUUCAGUCCCAAAAUCAUAUAUUGUUGACCCGGAUGACGGUGUGAUUACGUGCAUUUGUGGUUUCAAUGACGAUGAUGGAUUCACAAUUCAAUGUGACCAUUGUUUCCGUUGGCAACACGCUAUAUGUUAUGGAAUAGAAGAUGAACGCGAUGCACCUGAUGACUUCCUCUGUAACAUUUGCAAUCCUAGAGUCGUUGAUGUCAAGAUGGCCAAGAGAAAGCAACAAGAGAGAAUCAGGAAUAUCCAGAAUAGAAAGCGCAGAAGAGUGCCUAACAAUGGCAAUAAAAAUGGGAACACUACCAGUACCUCAAUGGAAGAGGUAAAUAGAAAGGAAUCUACUAGCAACUCAAAAGAAACUCGUAACGGAAGCGUUCCAGAUUUACAGGAUCAACGCGCUGAACUAACAAAGGCUGUUACUUCUACUGACCCGUUAACAAAUAUUGUACUAAUCAAUACAAAAGACGCGUAUCCAGCAGUUUAUCUUCCAUUGGAAAGGAAUGACUACAAGGAUAAAUAUACCGAAAGAUUUGUAAAGGAUCAUUCGAAUGAUGACUGGGUUUUGCCUUGCCUCAAACCUGUUUUCACUCCGAUUCCUAUAGAAAUCAAGUCGUAUUCUGAUGCAAGUCACUCACGAGUGUUUCCAGGAUACCCUAAACUCGGUGUCUAUGUCAAACAAAACUGUCAUGAAGGUGAUUACAUCGAGGAAUUUUUAGGAGAGGUUGACUUUCAAAGGAAAUAUCUAGAAGACCCUAGAAAUAACUAUAGGGUCUGGGGAACAGCAAAACCAAAGGUAAUCUUUCACCCUCACUGGCCAAUAUACAUCGACGCAAGAUUAAGUGGGAACUUGACUAGAUAUCUUAGAAGAUCAUGUAACCCUAAUGUUGAAUUAGCCACUAUCAAGGUUAGUAAUGGCAAAGGCGAAUACGAAGUGAAAUUCGUGCUCAGAGCGUUGAGGCCUAUCAAUAAAGGGGAUGAAAUUCAUAUUAAGUGGGAUUGGGACUUGAGACAUCCAAUAUGGAAGCUUAUCAAUCAGAAUGAAAAUAUUGACUCCAUUGAAGAACCCAAAAAGUACUGGCUUAUUCAUUCUGUUGAUACUGUUCUAGGAAGCUGCGAUUGUGCAUGUGGGAACAACAAUAAAGAUUGCUACUUGUUGAAAGUUAAAAGAUACUCUCAGUCACUCUUUCGAUCUGUGAAGUCAAAGAUGAACAAUCGUUACAAGUUAAAUGAAAUCUUGCAUGGAAACAAAUUAGAAAUGAAAAAGCAAACUCCAAUACUUUGUAAACUUGCUCAUGCUGCAAUUUCGGAUGCUGCUAGGGCAAGCGAAGUGUUACUGAAGUUCAAUGCUACCAAAUUGAAAGUCUUAGAGGAACAAGAUCAUCAACUUGAUAAGAAAACUCCCUUACUUGAAAAUGCUACCAAUAUCAGAGGUAAGAAGUAUAGAGUAUCGAAGACGAAAAAACAAACAGGAAGUUCUCCAAUGAAAAGUAUAAUCAGUUCUACUGAAGGCCCAUUUAGCUUCAAUGAAACAAAAGUUAAAAAUCCAGCUGAUUUAGCAAUUCCAAUCAGUUUGACUAUUACAGAAGAAAAAUCAUUUUCUACUCAGGAUGUAGCAACACACCCAGAAGAAAUUACUGUUGAUAGAGCUUCAUCCUCACAGAAUAAUUCCAUACAUCAUACCAACACUUUGAAACACAGGGCUUCCAGUCAAUCAUCUUCUCCAAACACCAAUCCACAUUCUCAAAUGAAAAAAAAGUUAUCAUUCGCGGAUUACAAGAAAAAGAUUAAACCAGCAUAA